AUGAUUAGUACUACAAAAUUCAGAAAUGACCGCACAUCCAAGUCGCCAUCACGCCGUAAUUAUAAUAGGAAGGAAAGUUUAAGAACUCGUGAUUUGGAUAAGAAAAGUCCGGUUAGAUCACCGGUCAAUCGAAAUAAUGGAAGAGAAUGGUCACGAUCUCGUAUUUCACCACCACAAUAUGAUAAAAGGUCAAAAUCACCAAGACGUAUACGUUCUCAAACUAUAUCUCGAGAUAGAAAAGUCUCUCGACUUAGCUUACUUCCUUCACGAAAGGACCGUAAGUCAGGAUCUUCCGAUCGUGUGAGUAACAGAAGAGAAGUUUCAAAGUCUCGAGAAAAAUCGCGUCGUAGUCCUUCUCCCCAUCAUAGCUCUCAUAGAUCUUUGGCUCGCGGACAGGCCGACUCUUAUCGUCCAAAUUACCAAAGCCAAAGAUCUAGGUAUGAUUCAUAUCGUCCAAAAAAAGGUAGAAUUUAUAUUUGCUAUUUUGAAAGUAAUAAACAAAUUAGACGCGCAAUUCUAUUAUCGAAAGAUUCAAAAAAAAUAAAAAAAUCUUAUUGUUAUUACAUAAUAGUCACAAAGUCAUUAGAUCGACAGAAUUCAAAGGAUGAAUCUCGAUCGUCCGCAUUGGUUCAUCCUGAAGCUUCUAGUGCAGCUAAUUUUUCACCAAUUCAUGAGAAUGUGGUAUUAGAGCGUCCACGACCUUAUAAACCGAUAUAUGAUGCUAAAGCAGAACUCAAAGAACGUAAAGAUGCAUUCUAUUUUGAAUAUGAUAAUUAUUUGAAUGGCAAUUCAAUAUCAAAGACCCCAAUUCUCAAUAUCACUAAUGCUCGCCAAGACAUGAUUGAUCAUAUAAUUCAAUCUUGUUUACGUUUACAACUACCUAUGAAUUGUAUGGCAGCGACAUUGAUAUUUUACCAGAGGUUUCACGCAAAAUUACAACGAGAUAAAAAAGCAUUUCCAGAAUUAUAUGCACAUCAGGUUGAACAUGAUAAUGAUCUUAUGAUAGCAGCCUGUAUGCUUUUUGCAGGAAAAGUUACAAAUUGCAGGAUUGGAGUGACAAAUGCGAUCAAAGGCAGUUGGAGGCCGAGGCCGAGUGAAACGAGAUGUCCGAGCGAAGAAAGUUUGGCAUUUAUUGAUCGAAAAGAAUCGGUUAUCCAUUAUGAAAAUUGCUUGAUGACAGCAGUUGGUCUUGAUCUUGCAAAAGACACACCUUAUGCGGUGGUAAAUAAGAUAAUUUCUCCGAUACUUGAGAAGACUGUAGGAACGUGCACAUUGGAUGCAAUUUGGAAAAAGUUCACUAGACAAACCUACGAACAAAUUCUAGAGUCACUACGCUGUACAAUAAUUGCAGUCACAUACAAUGCAAGUGAAAUUGCGACAGCAGCGGCAGCUAUUGCAUCAUUUCAAGUUGGAAUACCUCUGCCGGGAGGAUUAUUUGAGUUUUGCAUCGAAUGUGGAGUGGCUAGUCCUUUAAAAGUUAAAG